UCAUUUCUACAAAAGACAAUUGUCAACUACGUAUUUCAUCAUCAACUUUCCCCUGCAAAAUAAUGGAAGAAAGUGAAUAUUCAAUUUGCAAAAAAUGCGUGAAAGCACCAGAAAACUUUUAAAUCUCAACUUGUCAAGAUGACUUCCCCAGUCGCGACUCGAACUAACAUCAUCAUCAUAAAAAUUCCAUCGACCAUUAAAGGGAAUUUGCACAAAAUCUUCCAAACUUUCACUCCACCGUUGUUCUUCUCCCCCGUUAGACUUAGUCCAAAUGUUGUUUCACAAUACAGAGGUCCAGGUUUGGUCCGGAGUUUCUCGUCAUGGGGGCCUGUGAAGUUGGAUAUGAAGUUACGGUCCGUGGUUGUCCGGCAUCACUCCAGUGAUCGGGAGCUGGGCGAAACAUCAACGAUGCAUCAGGAAGGGGGGGAGAUACAAGAAGUUCCGCUAGCUGUCCUUAAGACCAAAAGUUCUGAUUGUUUCGAGACGGAAGAAGUACUCGAUCUAGGGAAUGGUAAAGCUGAUCGAAAAAAUUAUAUUGACUUGGAUGCCAGAGAGGAGGCUGCAUUUGUUGAAGGAUUCAAUAAUUUCAACAGUCCUCAACAAAUUCUCAAAAUGUUAGAGACUGUUCCCACGCAAGAAGUAACGCCUUUCGUCAGUUUGGGAAUAUUAAAAAAAUUAUUUCAAUUGGAAAACAACUUUGUAUAUCGGAACGAUGGGCUUCCGUGGACAGUAUCAUCCGAGAACGGGGUCAUGGACACAUUUACAAGAACAGCUAUCGUGAACCGACUGGUGGAUACAAUUCAAUCGACAGAUGAUCCUACUAUUCUUCUGGGAGCGUUAGAUGCAUUCAAAUGUGAAAUUCCAAUUGAAAACAGUAGUGGUUAUCGUGACAAGCUGUUGGAAGAAAUUUUACGAAGAGUAACCAAAGGGCAAUUUCAAUUGACACAAGUUUGUGAAGCAAUAAUAACUUUGGGGAAAAUUGAACGAGAUACUGGAAAACCUCCCCUUCAAUCGAGUCUGAUUGAUAAAUUAUGGAUUGGAAUUUUUGAAAAGAGUGAAGACAUUAAUGAAAAUAACAUCACUUUGAUUUUUCAAGUACUACCUCAUUUUAAGAAGAGUCAAAGAUUGGUACUGAAUCUUGCUGAGCGUAAGAUACUCACGUUAUGGUGGAAAAUCGAAACAGAAGUCGUUGCCAAGAUUUGCGAGACCCUGAUAACGACGGAUAAAACGAGCUCCAUUGUGGUCAAGAGUGGCACAGAAGUUGGUGUGGGAGUGUCAAAUCGAGUCUUGUCAGCCCUAUCUAGGUGCAUAAACUUAAAUAUACAUCACGUCACAGAAGCUCAAUUGUACACAAUAGUCAAGGCAUUUCAAGCACAAAAUUUUUGUGAUACUACAUUUGUAAAGGCACUAAACAAAUAUAUGAAAGCAAGAGGUCUGAAAAUUACGGAUCCUAAGGUAGUUGCAGCAGUUUUAGUUUUUAGCAAAAAAUUUCAUAUUCGUUCAGAGAGCAUUCUAGAAGCAGCCGCCGAAUUUCUCGUGCUUCACAAAGCAGCAAACAUCACUCCACCAGAUCUCACAUCUAUUGUGACCGCUUUUGGUCAUCUUGACUUUCAACCUUCAAAUGGCGUACGAUUUUGGCAAACGGUGGAAACGUACUUGGAUGAUAAAUUCAUCCAGUUUUCUCCCAAGGACAUAAUCGACGUUCUCUUAUCCUGCUGUUAUUUAUCAAAGUUUCCACUGAAUUUUGCAGACCGAGUGUUUUCUCCAUAUUUUUUAGAUCGCGUUCACACGUGCGAACAAGAUUAUAACCACUUACAACUACUGCGAAGCAAAUUAAAACUUCUGGAUAUAUCCAUUUCCAUUGAAUGUUCAAGCAAAUAUGGAGGACCUAUGUUACCCAGAGAUUUUACAUCCAGAUCUGUCUUUAUUGAUGGUCGAAUUUUACGCAUGGGAAAUUGGUUGGAAGAAGUGGUGAAAGAAGUGCUUGGUGUUCGAUGUAGCGUUGAAAAAUUUAUCGUGCUUCCAAACCUCCCUUUGAAUGCAUUUUAUAUUGCUGAUAUUCUUGUUGCAAAUGUUAGGAGAUUUGAGUCAGAAAGGUAUAAUUACCUUAAAAAUCGGAUUGCGUCAAGGCUAAACAGCGGACUGCAUUCUGUAAAUAAUGAUAGAGAACUAACCAUUAUUUUAAUACACGUACCAGAACACUAUUCUCGAGAUGGACAACACCUAACAGGCUCAGAAGUUAUGAGACUACGGCAUUUAAAAUCACUAGGAUUUAAUGUUGCAAGUUUCGACUAUACAAAAUUAUCUGAGCUGAAAGUGCACCCCUCUGCUCUUCGGGAAUAUUUAAAAGAAAAGUUAGUGGAAGCAGGAUAUAGAUCUUUGUAAUUUUAUUUCUCUCCCAAAGAAAGUACACAGGAUUUUUUUUAAAAGUUAGUAUCCUUAUAUAACACGUAAUACAAUUUUAUCACCUCAACUCAGCUUCGCUAAAUAUAUAUCUAUCUCAAGAAUAUAUCUUAAACAAAUACAAAAUACAUUUGUAACAAUAAACAACAUUAAAUCAAUAAAUUACAAACAAUUGUAAAAGUCGA